AUGCAACUGAACAAGUCGAGUUUCUACAGUUGGCUAAGCAAAUUCCUGGUCCUCAAUGGCCUGCACACCUUCUACUACAGCUGCAAGCGGCAGAGCUUGGUGGACUCAAGGAUGCUGCGAGUCUACUGCCUGAUCCACCAUUGUCUUUGUGUGGUGGCCGGAGUGCGAAUGCUGUACAUUUCGCGCGACAAUCCACGGGUCUGUGUCUCCACGCUGACAAUGGGCGGCACAACUGUGUGCAUCAUGGUCACUUGCUGGCAGGGCAGAGACGGCGUGAGGAAGGUCUUCAAGGAGCUACUCUAUCUGGACAGGAAGUACUUCAAGGGACAGCCAAGUGGCUGCCCGCUGCAAGCCCGAUACUACCUGAAGAUGGUGCUCGUGGUCAUAACUCUGUUGCGGAUUCACUUCUUUUAUCCCAUCUACAUGAAAAGGAUGCUCUCCUCGCUGUUCGUGCUGAAUGUGGCCUCGUACUGGCUGCUCUACAACAUGCUGCUGGCCGCCGUUCUGGAGUUUUACAGCGUCAUGUGGCAGGUGUGCCGCAGCUACAAGCUGAUCAACGACAACAUGGCGCAGCUGCUGGCCAGGUCAAGGGUGAGGAACAGAGCUGGCCGGAUGAGGCGUUGGCUGCAUCUCUACUCAAAGAUGCUCAGCCUCACCCGGCAAGUGAGUCGCGAGUACGAGUACUGUGGUGUCUGUGUGCUGGCCUGCAAGAGCUGGUUCCAGAUCACCUUCGGCUACGAGAUAUUCGUAAUGCUGACCGCCCCAAGGUCCCUCGACUUGGGCCUAUCCCUGCGGAUCUUUGUCAUACUCAGCUAUCUGCUGGACGCCCUAAAUCUCUACUUUGGCACGGACAUUGCCGAACUCUUUACACAGCUGCGAGAGGAUUCGUUGCGUUUAAUGCGGGAGACCACACAAAUGGAUCGCUUGCUUUCCGUAUUCACGCUGGAGCUGGCGCUGCAUCCCAAGCGCAUUGAAUUUCUGAAUGUCUUUGCCUUUGACCGAAAGCUGACUCUGACCCUCAUGGCCAAGUCGCUGCUGUACACAAUCUGCUGGCUGCAGGGCGACUACAUGACGCUGAAACGUUGA